UGACACUUAACACACUUAACUGAUACGAAAAGGAAAAUAAUAACAAGAAAUGCUCUUGCCAAAAUGUUUCAUUUGUGACACCAAAACAAUAAUUUACUGCGAGAAUGUGUUCACCAUCCAAUCAUGUCACACAGACACUCCGGUCAUCAACAUUUUAAAGAAGUUCGCCAAAGAGUUGGAACUGACCACAUUCCUGCCGAAAAAUCGGUACGGAUCAACGGUCAUCUGCCAGGCGUGUAUGAUUAAAAUAAAUGAAUACGAUCUGGCCUGCAUGACCGCCAAGAAGAUGGAAAAUCAACUGAAGGAUUUACUACAAAAGAAGGAGGAAAUCGACGAUAGUAAAUCGGACAGUGAUUAUAACCCGGAUGGAUUGUCCGGCGAUGAAGGAGAUGGAAAACAUAAUCACAAAGGUGGGUCGAAAGGAGUGGAGGUGAGUGUGAUGCGGUGCAACGUCUGCAACAUUAAUUUUAAAAGUUACAGCGAACUCACCACUCACACUCAUCAGCCAAAGAAAAUCAAGGGAUUGAUCAUCAAAAGAAUCAACAAAGACGGGCAAACUCGAAUUAUGGAACACUUUACGGACAUUUCCCCUUCACCGGCUAUCAAGACCAUGAAAAAUUCCAGCCCAACCAUCAAAUCGAAGAAAAUCAAGAAACGAAACUUUAGCUGCAGCCAAUGCGAAUGCUCAUUUUACAAGCGACAAGAGCUGCGGGAUCACGUAAAAGAAGCUCAUACAACAGAAGACGCAAAUCGAUGUCCUAUUUGUAGGGGCCUGUAUCCCGAUAAAGAAGUCCUGGAAAAACACAUACCGUUACACGAAGGUAAACAUAGACUGCAGUGCGUCGAAUGUAAUACGGUGUUCACGCGGAGCAAUGGUCUUAUGCGACACAUGUCUAUCCAUACGGGAGAAAAGUUCCACAUAUGUGACACAUGCGGCAAAGAAUUCAUUUAUCAGUCGUCCUUCAAACGCCAUUUGUUGGUACAUGGUAAUAUUAGGAACCAUAGCUGUGCGGUGUGCGACAAAAGUUUUGUCCAAACGACCCAUCUGAAGGUUCACAUGAGAUCACAUUCGAAAGAGAAACCCUACAAAUGUCCGUUGUGCGAGAGACUUUUCACCUAUCGAUACACCAUGCUAGCGCAUUACAAAUCCCAUCCGGGUGUUGCAAUGGAAGAUGUGUUAACGAAGAAGUCACACACUUGUUCAUUGUGCGAUAUGAGCUUCCCACAGCGUCGGAAGUUAGAUGAUCAUUAUGUGUCCGCACACGACGCUAUUAUUGAUGGAACGGGGAGGAGUAAUUUAUCGGAGGUCACCGAAAAUGUGGCGGUUUAUUGAGUCCAUGAAGAAAAUUAAAUAUUUUAUUUUGAUUUGAGUGAC